GGUCACACUGCCUCCCGCCAAAAACACCGCGUACGGCGUGCAAUUUUUUGCUAACCGAGUUUUGUUUGCGUUUGUAUUUGCUUUCGAACGGAACAAAGCUCUUUCUUUGAUUCCCCCUACAAGCCACCAAUAGAAGUUACCUCCAACAAUGGCCCACGACGGGGAACAGUUCAUCAAAGAUAUUCAGCGCGAGUAUGUGGACUUUCUGGACGACGAGGAGGACCAGGGCAUCUAUGCCGGUCACGUUAAAGACAUGAUAGCCGAGAAGAGCAAGCGCCUGAUCGUGAACGUCAACGAUCUGAAGCGGAAGAAUCCCCAGCGGGCAAUGGGUCUGCUGAGUAACACCGCCGACGAGCAGCUGGCCUUCGGGCGUGCCCUCAAGGAGUACGCCUCAACGGUGGAUCCCAGCUAUGCCAAGAUGCACGAGGAUCUAUUCGUUGGCUUCGAGGGAUGCUUUGGCAAUCGACAUGUGACGCCGCGCAGCCUCACCUCCAUUUACCUGGGCAACAUGGUCUGCGUGGAGGGCAUUGUCACGAAGGUCUCCCUCAUCCGACCGAAGGUGGUGCGCAGCGUCCACUACUGUCCCAAUACGCGCAAGGUUAUGGAGCGUAAGUACACGGAUCUUACCUCCUUCGAGGCCAUACCUUCUGGCGCCGCGUAUCCCACCAAAGAUGAGGAUGGCAAUCUCCUGGAAACGGAGUACGGUUUGUCAGUUUACAAGGAUCACCAGACACUGACCAUACAGGAGAUGCCGGAAAAGGCGCCGGCAGGCCAACUGCCCCGCUCCGUGGACAUUGUCUGCGACGAUGAUCUUGUGGAUCGCUGCAAGCCCGGCGAUCGGGUGCAGAUAGUAGGCAGCUAUCGCUGUCUGCCUGGCAAGCGAGGUGGCUACACAUCGGGCACCUUUCGCACUGUCUUGCUGGCCAACAACAUUUCGCUGCUGAGCAAGGAGAGCAACCUGGAUAUAUCGCGCGAGGACAUUAUGCUCUGCAAAAAGCUGGCCAAGAACAAUGAUAUCUUUGAGCUGCUCAGCAAGAGCCUGGCCCCGUCUAUCCACGGGCAUGCGUAUGUCAAGCAGGCUAUUUUGUGCCUGCUCCUGGGCGGCGUAGAGAAGCUUCUACCGAAUGGCACUCGCCUGCGUGGUGACAUCAAUGUCCUGCUUAUAGGUGAUCCCUCGGUGGCCAAAUCCCAGCUGCUGCGUUAUGUUUUGAACACGGCUCCCCGGGCUAUACCCACCACGGGUAGGGGAUCCAGUGGUGUCGGUCUAACGGCGGCAGUGACCACGGAUCAGGAGACGGGGGAGCGUCGUCUGGAGGCUGGAGCCAUGGUUCUGGCAGAUCGCGGGGUGGUCUGCAUCGAUGAGUUUGACAAGAUGAGCGACAUUGAUCGCACGGCCAUCCAUGAGGUGAUGGAGCAGGGUCGUGUGACCAUCUCCAAGGCGGGCAUUCAUGCCUCUCUGAACGCACGCUGCUCGGUGUUGGCCGCCGCCAAUCCGGUGUACGGGAGGUACGAUCAGUACAAGACUCCCAUGGAGAACAUUGGUCUGCAGGACUCGCUGCUGUCGCGUUUUGAUCUGCUCUUUGUCAUGCUGGACGUGAUUGACAGCGAUGUGGACCAGAUGAUAUCCGACCAUGUGGUGCGCAUGCAUCGCUAUAGGAAUCCCAAAGAGGCCGAUGGAGAACCCCUGUCCAUGGGCAGUUCCUAUGCCGAUUCAUUGGCCUUUGUUUCCCGGAAUGAAGAGAAAAAGGACACCGAAGUCUAUGAGAAAUACGAUGCCUUGCUGCAUGGCAAAUCCCGUCAGCGUCACGAGAAGAUCCUCUCCGUGGAGUUUAUGCGCAAGUACAUCCACAUUGCCAAGUGCAUGAAACCCAAGCUGGGUGAGCAGGCCUGCGAGGCCAUAGCCAAUGAGUACUCCCGCCUGCGUUCCCAGGAGGCGGUCGAAUCAGAUGUGGCACGCACUCAACCGAUUACAGCUCGUACGUUGGAGACCCUCAUCCGUUUGUCCACUGCUCAUGCCCGGGCACGCAUGUCCAAAACGGUGACCAUUGACGAUGCCCAGGCAGCCAUUGAGCUGGUGCAGUUUGCCUACUUUAAGAAGGUUUUGGAGAAGGAGCGUGGCAAGCGCCGCCGUCACAGUGGUGGCUCAGACGAGGAGGAGGGGGAGGAGCAGGACAAUGGCAGUGCUGCUGCUUCCCACCGAUCGCCAUCGCGUCGAAGCAAGCGCACUCGCAUCGAAGUGGCUGGCGGGGAUAGCGAUGAGGAAGAUAUAGAGACACCCCAGCCGGAUGCCGGUGACUUGACGCGCCGCGAGACUCGUAGAUCUUUGCCUGCCCAGAAGGCGGUUGCUGCCUCCACCACAUCCAGCGAGGAGCAGUCGUCCUCAUCGUCGUUGCCAGCCACCAUCAGCGAUGCCCGUUUGGGCGGUUUCAAGAGCAACUUGCAGCGUCUGUUCCGCGAGGCACGCGAGCAGAGCCUUCCGCUGGCCAGGAUCACCACGGCCAUUAACGAUGGCAAUCCGGAGCCCUUCAGUGGCGGCGAAAUCGAGGCUGCCGUUCAUCGCAUGACCGAGGAUAACCAAAUCAUGGUGGCCGACGAUAUAGUUUUUCUCAUCUAACCCAAGCAUUCCACUCAUUGCAACCAAGGAGCAUCUGUAUCUCCAACGCCAUUUAUCUCAUCAAUUAUCUAUUCUUUAUUAUUCAUUUUAUUGGCUAAGUUAUAUAUAUAUUUUUUUUGUUCAUAUUUUUGUAAUAAACGUAUUGGAAUUCUCAUGCUAAA